AUGGUGGAAUUAUUGAAGGUUAUAAAAGCUAGACAGAUACCCGGGUGUAUAUGGGGAGAUUUUAACAUGUUUUUGGAUGUGGAGGAAAAGGUGGGCUUCUCAACGAAUCAGGGGAUCAUUGAGCUUUUUAUAAACUUUGUGUUUGAAGCUGGUUUGCUAGAUCUUCCGUUAGUUGGAGGAAGAUUUACAUGGUGCAACAACCGGGUUCCUCCAACUUUUGUCCGACUGGAUCGCUUCUUACUGACAGCAGAAUUUGAAGUCGCCUUCCCUGAUAUGUCCCAAAAGUUGCUUCAUAAAUCGCUUUCGGAUCAUAACGCUAUUCAUCUAUCCGUCUUUGCUGUUGAUUGGGGUCCAAAACCUUUUAGGUUAUUGAAUCAUUGGCUAGAAGAUGAUGGUUUUGCUGAGCUGGUGUUGACAUCCAUUACUAAUUCAAAGCAGUUAAAACCAAGGAUUAGAAUUGGAGGUAUAAUCAGAGAGUCCAAGAUGACAAUCAAAAAGUGGGUCAAAAGGCAAAAUGAGAGUGGCAAAAAAUCUUGUGCUAUGCUGGAAAAAGAGAUUUCAGCUUUGGAAGAAGAAAUCCAAAGUGGGAGUGUUGAAGCUGGUGUAUUCCACAAAUGGAAGGAAUUAAGAUCUCAACUUUGGGCUGAAUACAGAAAGGAGGAAUUAACGUGGUUGCAAAAAUCUAGACUCAGGUGGUUCGCUGAAGGAGAUCGAAACACUUGGUUCUUUCAAUUGACAGCCUCAGCAAGACGCAGGGCAAACUCUAUCAGUGUUUUGAAAAGGGGGAGGAGAUCAUUAUGGAUCCAGAAAAUAAGGGAUAUGGAUGCUUUUUUUCUGGAAAGCCCUUUCUCGGAACAAAAAGUGUGGGAAGCUCUAUUCUCCUCGGAUAGUAAUCGUGCAUCAGGUCCAGACGGCUUAAAUCUGGGGUUUUCCAAAAAAUUAUGGGCACAGUUAAAAGCAGAAAUUAUGCGGUUCUUUAUGGAUUUCUCGAAGAUUGUGAUUGGGAACCGGGGAUCAACCACUCUUUCAUCACACUUAUUCCAAAGGUGGCAAAUUAUUGGGGACUCGCAAUUUGCCUUCAUAGCUGGUCGUCAAAUUCUUGAUUGUUCUUUAAUAGCUAAUGAGACAAUCGAUUUUGUCUCCAAAUCCAGGCAUAGUGGAGUGGCUUUCAAAAUCGAUUUUCAUAAAGCGUAUGAUACGAUCAGUUGGGAAUUCUUACUGCAAAUCUUGAAGAAAUGUGGCUUUAGGGAGAAAUGGUGUAUGUGGAUUUACAAGUGUAUUUCAUCGGCUAAGAUUUCAAUCCUGGUGAACGGAGCUCCAAUGGAGGCAUUUUCUAUUUCGAGGGGGUUGAGACAAUGA